AAAAUUAGUGUAUUGUUGACUGUUGCAAAGAAAUAAAAAUUCACGCAUUAACCAUUCUAUGUUUUUUACGUACAAUAAGUACCUACUAUGAAUUAACAAUGUUGAAUGUUUAUUACCUAUUUGGAAAACGUUACUAACUUUGACCAUAACAAUAGGAGUUAAACGUUUUUAUGUUUGUUGUGUGUUCCCAACUUCAAUAAAAGUACUACUAACAAAGUUUCCCGCCAAUUAUUAUUUGCUAAUCUGUUGCUUUGUUAGAUUUUAGAUCAUGGUCGUCGUGUACUUCGGGUAGCAUAAAAUUGUGUUUAUUUAUUUAAUAUUUUUCUUUGCGUUCAGUUUAAUUCACGUAUCAAUUUUUUUUUAAUCUAAUAAUUGUGUUGUUUUUUUAACUUAUUGGAUAUAACUAGCUAAUAAUCAUGGAGGGUUUUGAUACUCCAGGUAUAUUUUUUUCUGAUACUUUCGGUGAUGAUGAUAAUUUGGCUUCAUCGUUAAUGAACACAAGAUCUAUAAAGAAAACAUUCAAAGAAUUUUUAAAAACUUAUAACGAAGAAAAUUUUAAUUAUAAGUAUAGAGAUACUUUAAAACGUAAUUGUAAUUUGGGUCAGUAUUGGCUGGAAAUAAAUGUUGAAGAUUUAGCUGGAUUUGAUGAAAAUUUAGCAGACAAACUAUACAAACAGCCAGUUGAACAUUUACCAGCUUUCGAGGAAGCUGCCACAGAGUUGGCUCAAGAAUUGAUUGCAUCAGAUAAUGCUGAUGAUUUUGAGAAUAUUCAAAUAUUAUUGUCUACAAAUUCAUUGGCUUCUUCUUUGCGUUCAAUUAAAUCUGAAUCAGUUUCUCGUUUAGUUAAAAUCCCUGGUAUCAUAGUAUCAGCUUCAAGUAUUCGUGCUAAGGCUACACAAAUAACAUUACAAUGUAGAUCUUGUCGUAAUGUUGUACCUCAUUUACCUGUAAAAGCCGGGAUGGAUGGUUAUAUUUUACCAAGAAAAUGUUCAACAGAACAAGCUGGUCGUCCACAGUGUCCAUUAGAUCCUUAUUUUAUUAUACCAGACAAAUGUAAAUGUGUUGACUCUCAAAUUUUAAAACUACAAGAAUUGAGUGAUUCUACUCCCCAAGGAGAAAUGCCACGACAUGUACAGCUAUAUUGUGAUCGUUAUUUAUGUGAGCGUGUAGUUCCUGGAAAUCGCAUCAUGGUAGUUGGUGUUUAUUCUAUAAAAAAGGUUAAAACUUCGAGGAAACAAAAAGUUGCAGAAAAUUCUCGUACAGUAGUUGGUGUGCGUGCUCCAUAUUUAAGAGUUCUAGGAUUUCAGAUGGAUGAUCAAGUUGGUGGUUUUACUACUUCAAUGCCUACUUCUGUUGAAGAUGAAGAACUAUUCAGAAAGUUGGCAUCAUCUCCUGAUAUAUAUGAACGAAUUUCCAAAUCCAUUGCACCUUCCAUUUUUGGAUUCAGUGAUAUAAAAAAAGCCAUAGCUUGUCUGUUGUUUGGUGGAUCACGAAAAAGACUGCCAGAUGGUUUAACUCGUCGUGGAGACGUCAAUUUAUUGCUUCUAGGAGAUCCUGGUACAGCUAAAUCACAACUUCUUAAGUUUGUUCAACAAGUUUCUCCUAUUGGUGUAUACACGUCUGGCAAAGGGUCUUCAGCUGCAGGUCUUACAGCUUCUGUUACUCGAGAUCCAACGUCACAUAAUUUUAUAGUAGAAGGUGGAGCAAUGGUAUUGGCUGAUAGUGGUGUUGUAUGUAUUGAUGAAUUUGACAAGAUGAGAGAAGGUGACAGAGUAGCAAUUCAUGAAGCUAUGGAACAACAAACUAUUUCAAUUGCUAAAGCUGGCAUUACAACUACUCUUAAUAGCCGUUGUUCAGUAUUGGCUGCUGCAAAUUCAGUAUUUGGUAGAUGGGAUGAUAGUAAAGGCGAAGAUAAUAUUGAUUUCAUGCCUACUAUCUUAUCAAGAUUUGAUAUGAUAUUUAUUAUAAAAGAUGAACAUAAUCAAAUUCGAGAUAUGACAUUGGCUAAGCAUAUCAUGAAUGUUCAUUUAAUGAAUGGUCAAGCUCAGCAAGAAGUUGAAGGAGAAUUACCAUUGGCAACAAUAAAAAAAUUCCUGAAUUAUUGCCGCCAACGUUGUGGACCUCGAUUAUCAGAAGAAGCUGGUGAGAAACUUAAAAGUCGUUAUGUUCUUAUGAGAACUGGAUGUCAUGAAUUAGAAUCUGAAAAAAAAUUAGCCAUUCCUAUCACUGUUCGACAAUUAGAAGCCAUUAUUCGUAUUGCUGAAUCGUUAGCUAAAAUGCAAUUACAACCUUUUGCUACAGAGACUCAUGUAGAUGAAGCAUUAAGAUUGUUUCAAGUAUCUACUUUAAGUGCAGCAACAUCAGGAUGUUUAUCUGGUGUUGAAGGUUUUUCUACUGAAGAAGAUACUGAAACAUUACAAAGAAUUGAAAAACAACUGAAACGCCGAUUCCCAAUUGGAUCUCAAGUAUCAGAAUUUAGCAUCAUUCAAGAUUUUUUAAGACAAAAAUAUCCACAAAGAGCCAUUGAUAAAGUUAUAUAUUUGAUGAUCAGAAGAGGAGAAAUACAACAUAUUAUGCAACGUAAAAUGUUAAUUAGACUUAAAUAAUUAUUUCAUUAUAAAUAUUCUUUAAAAAAUCCAUAAUUCUUUUU